UCCAUUUUAUUGAUUUACCAACAGUUUUUUCUUUUCUCAAUAAAAAUCUACAAAUUAUGAACAAGUAACCUUAAGUAUGUUAAUUAGAAUAAAAUUAAAUUAUUUAAUAGCUUUAUUUGCCAUUUGUUGCCUUUAUUUUGACGGAACAAAGGCAAACAAUAGAGAACUGUACGAUGUUCUUGGAGUGAGGCAAACAGCUACACAGAAGGAUAUCAAACGGGCAUACAAGAACUUGGCCAGACAAUGGCAUCCAGACAAGACAGAUGAUCCUGAUGCAACUUCAAAGUUUACAAAAAUCAAUGAAGCAUAUGAAACACUGGGGGACCCUGACAAAAGACACGAGUAUGACAACUUUGGUUACACAUCAGCCAACGCAAGGCAGCCGAACAGACCACAACAAGGUUUCCAUGGGUCACCGUUUGAUUCAUUCUUCCCCGGGGGAAAUGGAGGGUUCCGCUUCAAUUUUAACAACUUUGGUGGAGAUGCAGAGUCUACCAUUGAGAGAUUCUCGAUUAACCUGAGACAAUAUGAGACAACUAUAUUACCCAACAGCGUGACAAAGCCAUGCAUAAUUUAUGCGUACGCUGACUUCUGCUUCAACUGUAUGAGGAUAGAAGGAAUACUGGAAAAGUUCUUCUCCGAGUUGAAAGCAGUUGGUCUCUGUGCAGCUUCAUUCCACGCGGGACGAUCCGGCGGUCUCAGCUCUGCCCUAAGGGUAUCCACUGUCCCCUCUAUCGUCGGCGUUGUCAAUGAGCGACUGUUCUAUUUCAAAGGCUCUGUCAGCAUUCAAAGUCUACAUGAAUUUACACGGGGUCUCUUUCCUAAUAACUUUGUCACUAAGGUAUUUGACAGUAACGUUGAACCAUUCCUGUCAGGCUGGCCUGCGGACAACAAGGUUCGGGGAUUGUUCUUCAGUCCUCGUGAAGAUCUGUCGGCAAGGUUUCUGGCACCCGCGUAUUUCUACCGUGAAAAUGUGGCUUUUGGCCACAUUUACACCCAAUCUCUACAAGGAAAGGAUAUGUUACGGAAAUUUGGUGUGAAUAAACAUCGGGAGACGCUACUGUUGUUUAAUGAAGAUACGAGUUCACCUGUGGCUACUAUAAGUAUGCAGCAGUUAUCGAGGUCGACCCUUGACGAGGUUAUAGAGGGAAACAAAUACCUCACACUCCCUCGCUUGUCCUCGCAGAAAUUAUUCGAGGAGUUGUGUCCAGAUGGAUAUAAAGUCAAAAACAGGAAACUUUGCGUCGUUUUAAUAACAAAGAAGGGCCCGGCACAAGACGGCACUCGGGAGCAGUUUCGUCAGUACAGUCAGGCGUCCAAGCUGAACGGGAACGAGCGGGUCAGGUUUACAUACAUGUUUGAGGACACACAGGCAGACUUUGUGAAUACUCUGAUGAUGAAAGGCAAGCAGAAAGAAGCAGAUGAGGCGCUAAAGGUGGCGAUUCUGUGGCGUGUAGAGAAAUACCAACUCAAGUAUGAAUGGCUGGAGACAGGUUGGCAGGCAGAGCAAAGGGCUAGAUGUUCUAAAGCCCUUGACAGUCGCCUGAAUGUCCUCCUCACCACUGACACAGUCAUGCCGUACAAUAUCGUACCUCCCGAGCUCUUCAAUGAACAUGGACUGAACCUCCUCACCAGGAUUGGGUUGAAGCUGCUGAGCUGGGCUGAAAAGAUUGCAGGACUCCUUAACAUGUUGGACUCCACCACCUGGAUCACGCUGCUCCUCACUGUCCUCUUUGUUGGGGGUAUGGGCUACUUCAUGCACAAACUGGCCUCCCUGGAGGAAAUACAGGUUCAGCAGACUCUGCCCAGGAAAACACGACCAAGACCACCGUCAAGAACAUUUGAUGCAAAAAACCUGAACUUAUAUGAGUUAGACUACCGGAUGUACCAGGAGCUGGUCACUGAAGCAGACACUGGACUGACCGUGGUCAUCUUGGUGGACAAGGAUAGCAAGGACACCCUGGUCAAGGAGUUUGCCAAGAUUGUUCAUCCUUACUCAAGGUACAGUGCUCUAACAUUCGCCUUUCUGCAACUGGAAUACAACCUCAAAUGGUACAAAUCCUUACUACAGCUCAGUGUAGAUGACUUCAAAUUGGACGGCAUUAACAUUAAAAACUGCAUAGGAACAGUUCUUGCAAUUAACGGCUUCCGCAAGUAUUACUAUAUAUACAGUGCCAAGAAUGGACGGAAGUAUAUACGUAAGAGGAAUAACGUCUCUGAAGCGCUUGGUUUAGAUGAAGCUGAUGAAAAAUCUGAUGAGGAAGAAAACUUUUUUUACCUGGAUGAAAUCCUUGAUGGACUCGCACUGUGGAUGGACAAGAUCUUUGACGGCUCGAUAAAGCGUAUACGAAUCACGCAAUGGCCGGAAUUGGCUGAUAAAUUGUGAUGAAACAGAAAGUUGUUAUCAAAGCUUCUGAGAUUUGCUUAAAAUGCUCCCUCAAAGACAAUCCCAUAGUGAAACUCAAUAGCCUCGAGGCUAAAUUUUAGCAUCUUUUCAUCAUCAGUCAUGCUUCGUUUGAUUUUUUUGGAAAGUUAUGCUUCUAAAAUCUUAAAUAUUGUAUUUGACCAAUACACAGUUGUUUAAAAAAUGGUUUAAAUAACUGUUAAAAACCACCUUUACCUCAAAGUUUCCAAAAGAUUAAACUAACAUACAGAAAUCCACCAUUUUGUUUUGCACAGCUAUCACGUGGGUUUGCAAAGGGGAGUAUUCCAUGACUGUAUUUGCCAAAAGUCAAUAAUAUAAAAGGGCAAAAACUAAGUCAUGGAAUCCACGACUAUGAAAGUUGGGCUAUAAAUUGCAAGCAGCCAAUGGUUUAAAACUGGAUAAACUAUCCACAGGUAAUAUUUUGAGUAGUUUGCACAUUUAAGCAGUUUGAUUGGUCGACAGUAAUUAUUGCAUACAUGGUGACCAAUCAAUAUCACAUUUUGACUAACUUAAACCUAACCAACAAAUGAACCAGUUUUAUUUAAUUGGCUGCCGAUAUUUAUUUUUGCAUUGUAUUUUGUUUCAUUAUUUCAAUCAUGUUUUGCCAAAAUGUUAGUAUCACUUAAUUGAAUCUAUUUAUUUAGUUUUUCUAUAUUCCUUCCAUUAUUUUCAAUCAUGUUUCAUCCAUUUUUUCUCAUCAUUAAUCUGAAUCUAUUUAUAAUAAAAAAGCGAACUGUUAAAGGAAUUGACGUUUGAUGCAUCAAAAGAUAGUUUCAUAUGGAAAUCAAUCUUGUAGGACAGAUAGCUGCAUAUGGUAAUAAGUAAAUCUAUUUGCAUAAAUCUGUAAUUAUCGGUAAAACGGCUUAAUUCUACGAUUUAAAUGUGCAAUGUCAUUUAGUCCUUAUUUAAUGCGUGUGUAUCUUUUUGUUGUCGUUUUUUGGCUUAAUUGGACAAGUUCACGUUUUAUAGUGUCUGUAAUCAAGAAAAGUAAUAGUAUGUGAACAUAUUAACAAAAUGUCUGUUUCAAUGAUACAUAAAAAGUUUAUAUUGGAGCCCAAAUGUUGAUCAUUAUUUAAAAAUAAUUUGCCGAAAAAGCAUUUGUGAUCAAAUGAAUGAUAUUAGAAUGGAAUUUACAAAGUUUUAUCAGUGACUGUUUGUUUAUAAAAGUAGGUAAAACAAACUCAAUUUCAAUAAAAGUUUAUAAAACAGGGCCAACACAAGUCUGUGAAUGGGUCCGUUUAAAUCCAUGUGUUCCGAUGUGCUUGUAUUUAGUGUUGUCAUAGAUGUUCACUCAAAAGAACUACGUGUGUGUACGUGUAUUACAUAUUGUUUACCUAUUGUUUUCAAUAGAAAUGUGUUUUUUUUA